AUUCUGGAAAAAUAAAUAAAUAUAUUUUUUGAUGAUGGCUGUCAGUUUCAAUGCCGACUAGAUUUACAUUUCCAGUUCAAAUACCGGAAGCCACAUAACGACGCUUUCUUUAUUAUUCCUAAAUUGUACUUUAUUAGUAUUAGAUUGUUCUAACGGAUUGCUUAUUAUUAGCGGAUUAGCAGCCGCCUGAUUUAACCCGACUUGUUUUGAGGUUUUUAUUUUUAUUUUAUUUUGUCACUGUAGUAUUAAAAACAAGCUCGAAUUCGGUUGUAAUCUUGGAACUGCUUAGUAGAUGUUUAAAAAACGCAGUAUAACUACCUAAACUCGUGAUCUAAAAAUGGGUUGAUAACUGCGCAUGCGCAGUGCAUGGUUGCAUGGCCUGUCACGUUGUUUUUUUCUUCUUCUUUGUCUUUUUUCAUCCAAAGUGUCUCUUAAAACACGAUUUCGGCCAGGAACGUGUUCAUGUAGCUGAGCAGAAAUCUGAUUAAGCUACAUUACAGAGGCUUUCUUAGUCGUGUCUGAUCUGGUCUGGUCUGAUCUGAUCUGAUCUGGUGCACAUCUAGACCCAGCCGGCUCCAUGGUGCUGCGCAGACUGCUGCGGAGGCGCUGGGUUCUGGGGGUCGUGUUCGGCUUCUCCCUCAUUUACUUCCUCACCAGCACACUCAAACAGGAGGAGCGAAGCACGCGGGAUCGGACUCUGCUGGAGGCCAGGGAAUCCGAUCACCCCAUUGCGUGGAAAGUCAAGUUCACCCUGGGCAACAGCAGCAGGCAGAUCACGCAGUGCAGGAACUCCAUCCAGGGGAAGAGCCUCCUCACUGACGAACUUGGUUACGUGUGUGAGAGGAAGGACCUGCUGGUGAACGGAUGCUGUAACGUGAACGCGCCGCGCUCCGGGCAGUACAUGUGUAAGAGCUGUCUGCCCAACGGCUGCUGCAGCGUCUACGAGUACUGCGUGUCCUGCUGCCUCCAGCCCGACAAGCAACCUCUACUGGAGCACUUUUUGAACCGGGCCGCUGAAGGAUUUCGGAAUCUCUUCACCGCAGUAGAGGAUCACUUUGAGCUGUGUUUGGCGAAAUGCCGCACCUCCUCACAGAGCGUCCAGCACGAGAACACGUACAGAAACCCCCAGGCGAAGUACUGCUACGGUGAAAGCCCCCCUGAGCUCCUGCCCAUCUGAUAGAGAAGAGUAUUUCUACGCAAAAUAUACUACCUCUCACCUCCUCCGCUCGAGUGUAUUUAACGGUCUUGAACUGGCCGCGUCAGCAUGAAGACGUAUGACAAAGCUGCACCGGAAAUAAACGACGGACGGAACGUAGUCGUGUCUUUAGGAGCUGCGUAAAACCUCAUCUGCUACCGUCAUCUACAUGAAAUUUCAGGUUCGUGCCACAGAAAUAGGAUGUCCUAUGUUUGCCAGUCUCCUAGAUAUACAAUACUUUAACUGGAAAUGCAUCACUGGUCUGAUGUCAGAGGUUGCGGUCAGCCACAGAUGUGUGCAAUAUGUCUGGAAUAGCACGUGGCUGCAAUAACUAUUGCCUCAGUGGUGGGCAGUAAAAGGUGGAACGACUUUACAGAAGUCAGAGACUAUCAACCAGAUCAACUUGUAAGCAAUUCUGACCCAGUGGUCACUUGUUAAAGUCUUGCAUGUGAAGUGCUAUGUAUUAAAGCUAUAUGUUAAUUUAAUAAAUGCCAUUUUUACCGA